AUGGCUGCGAUUGAAGAGUAUUUAAGAGGAGUAUUUCAACGAUUGGAAUUGAAUUUAAGUGCAAAGAGUCAGGAGAAAUCAGAAUAUUUUCUUGAAGACCCUUCCAAUAUCGAGUGCACACAGGGAAAAGAUGCAAUGUUAACCUGUAAAAUACGCUCUGAGAGUCCAUCUGUAAAAUGGUAUAAAGGUGGGAAUGUAUUAACUCCAAAUGAAAAAUAUAAGAUGUCUAAUGAUGGUAUAGAACACAAGCUCAUACUUAAGAACGUUGAUUUAAGUGACAGCGGAGAAUACUGUGUGGAAGUUGGAAAGGGUUCUAAAAAACUACAGCUAACAGUUAUAGAAAUGCCGAGUAUCAUCGACAAAAUAUCAUACAUGAAAGCAAUAAAAAAUGGAAAAGAGGUCAGACAAUAUGUAAGAAUUCAGGUUAUUGGGAAAGACAGAGUUGGAAAGACAAGUCUUGUACGUAGAUUACUAGGGAAAGGAAUGUAUGAUGGAACAAGUACUGAUGGAAUUGAUAUUGAUAAAACAUGUCAAAUUAGAAAAAGUGAUGGUGAAUGGAUUGUUAGUGAAGUUGAAGAAGAAAUGGAUAAGAUUAAAGAGAGAAUACUGCAUGUGGUCAAAAUACAAAAAGAAGGUUAUGAACCAGUUUUUGAUGACAGACGUUUAUCUGAACAUGUUGUAAAUAAACAAAACAAACUGAUAUCAGAGGAACUUGUAGAAUGUGGCAUAUGGGAUUUUGCUGGCCAGAGGGACUAUUAUGCCACACACCAGACAUUUUUUACUACACAAGCUAUAUAUGUCCUUGUUGCAGAUAUUACAGAAGAUAUUACACCUAUUCCGUAUGAUGAACAGUUAAAUUUUGAUUCUAAUGGAGAAUACAUUGACUUCUGGCUGGACAGUAUUCAUUGUUUUCGUGAAGAUAUCAAAGAAAGUACAACAAAACAACCAUGCCCACCUGUUAUAAUGGUUUGCACUGGUAUUGACAAAGUUAAAGAUAAAGAUAAAGAGGCUAAGAAAAAAGCAUAUACAGAUAACUUUAUUGCUUCGUUUGGAUGUCAGGAAAAAGGCAGUCACAUAAGGGGCGAGAUCCAUUUUAUUUCCAACUUAAAAUCUCAUGAAAAAGAUUUUGAAAAUUUGAAACGACACAUAUCAGAUAUUGCUCUGGAGACGAACUAUUUUGCUGAGAAGCUUCCAACAAAAUGGAUACAGCUAGAAAACACAUUAGUUGUUUUAAAAGAAUUGAAGGAAAAAGAGAAGGUAUAUUGCGAAAAAUGGGAAGAUAUAGUGGAAUUAGCUCAAGAGGUUUCAAUAGAAAAUAAUGAACUCCUUCAAUUCCUGAAAUACCAGCACAAAAUUGGGAACAUGAUAUUUUUCGAAAAUAAACGUGAUUAUAUCAUUCUUCACCCAAAGUGGUUAGUCGACUGUUUCAGAUGCCUUGUAUGUGACGAUAAAAAAAAUCCUUGUAAUGCGACAGAAUUGUUCGAGCUAAAACACAACGGAAUUAUAUCAAUGGAAAUUAUUAAUAAGCUAUUUCGAAAAGUGCCUGAAUUACAGUUUGAUAAAUACAAACAUCAUAUACUGGACGUAAUGGAAGAGUUUGACAUUAUAGUUAAACAAGAAAAUACCAUUUCAUACUAUAUGCCAUGCAUGGUAACAGAAUCAUCCACUAUCAAACAUAUUAAAGAAACAUUAAAUGUUGACAAUACUUAUUGUACUCCUUGGUUGGUACUUGAAUUUAAGUUUCUUCCUAUAGCCUACUUUAAUUAUAUUCUUGUCAAUUACAUCAGAAAAUAUAUUGUGGACGGACGGCCAGCUUUAUACGCAGGGAAAGCAGUUGUAUAUUUAGAUCAAACGGAUUUCAGACAGUUAGUUAUCUGCUUCUCAAAGAAUGCUAUAUCCUUACAGAUAUGGAAACGGAAAGAUGUAGGUCAGGAUAUGUACCGAAACAUCAUAGAAGAGCUUUGUAAAAAAGUUGAAGUGUUAGAUGGGAAAUUAUUCCAUAAACUAGAUUACAAAAUAAAAGCAAAAUGCAGUAAUGGGGAUUAUUCAAGUUUGAAUGAUAGAAUUAGCUUCGAAGAACUAACUACAAAAUGUGAAGGAGGAGAAUAUCUUUGCAAAGAGCAUAACUGCAACCACAAAAAUACAGACUUAGAAAAUAUAUGGUUGACACAUGUUCCUGAUGUCUACUGUGCAACCCAUGUACCAUAUAAAGUGUCACAUUAA